AGAUAGUAUCCCCUAAUGUGACCAGUGAAAAGGCAUGCUGUUGGAUUCAGGAAUAAAAAAAGCCGAGGGAAGCAGGUCUUCAGAACAAAAAGUUUCCUCAGUGAAGACAAACGUGUGCGCUCUUUCUCCUGGGGUUGUGUGCAUACAGAGAUCCGAUAAUCGCGUUUUAUGUGUGAGCGCACCGAGGGCUGGACACAUUAAAGGAGCAUCAGGAGGCGGCAGAGACGCUUUACAGACGAAGCAAGAAGAGAGAGAAAGGGAAGGAGAGAAAGGGAGAGAGAGAGACUAUCUCACUCUCCCAGUCGCAGUCACAACCGGAUCACAUCCAGCGUCUCCCUCCACACGGCAAUAGGUACGUGAUGCUUUCCGAACUUUUACACACACAAAUCUAGACUACAGGAACAGGCUAUAGUACUUUAGAAUGCUUGGAGGUAAUGUUUGGAGGUCGUAUUUUGCACUUUAGAAUGUUUGGGGCAACACAUUUGAGGUGCGUUGAAGCACUGUUUCUCUCGCAAGCACUACGUGAUGAAUAGAUGGGGAGUUUGGAUCAUUUUUGUAAGCGUAUUGUUCUCCAAAAUUUAAGAAAACCCUAUCCAUUCUAAAAAAUAUGCAUUCAUUUCGUUUUUCCUCACUCUGACUUUGGAAAUGUUAGAUAGCUUUCGCACGUCUAACUUUGUAAUCAUUUCUUUCUCAGCAGGACAAUGUCUAGUAAAGCGACUUUAGCCUUACUCAUCUAUGGAAUCAUAAUGCAUUACAGCAUCCACUGCUCACCUCUCGGGCUUAGCUACCCUAACCUUAGGUAGGUACCUGUUCACUUCUCCUUCAACUGAGCGUCUCUGCAUGUAAACGGAACCUUGGAAAACUCAUUGUUUCUGCUGCUGAGCACAGCUGUUGUUUAUUAGAUAAAGCCUACUGCAACCACAUAGGUCUAAACCUAUGCCAUUUAUUGCUAUACCAUUUUUUUUCGUUCAAUCGAUGUGUGGAGAAAAAAGAAAAUAGAUGAUACCUAAAUUCAUACACCGUUUUCCCCUCCAGAGCAAUUUGGGUAUAAAAAUGUAUGCUAUGCAUCGAAAGAUACUGGUAUAUGUGUUUUAUUUUGAGUGUGAAUAUGCUGUAAUGUUUUGCUAUGAGGGGCUUUAGAGCGCAUGGAAUCAUAGCAGUGGAAUAGAGCAUAUUACCAGCUACUGGUAGAUCAAGCGUCUGAUACAGAACUGUAUCUCUGUGUUUAGACGCGUCCCGUGGGAAUGACAGAGAGGGGUAAUUUGCUGAGGCGUGAGGCAAACGUGGGAGCCACUAAUUCAUAGAAUAACAAGAUCGAUUUCUUUUGUAUUCUCUUAACUAAGCAGACACAAUCUGCAUAAUUUUCUUUUUUGAAUCACAACUAUACAUUUUAAUGUAGUUUUUUAGAUCUGGUUAUGAUGUUAUUUAAUUCACAAUUACAAUUAUUUUAAAUUAAACAUAUUUUUUCCCCAUUUCCGAUGGGGUUGAAUUUGGUUGCCUUUUGGGAGAUAUAGCCUAUGGUUCCACGUGUUUUUAUUUAAGGUGUUUAAGCUUAAUUACGAAUGGCCAAUAGCAAUUACAAUUGUUACAAAUUCAAGCAGAUAUAUUAUGGCUAUUUAUGGCCUAUCAAAUAUUUUUUAAUUCCUCUAAUUUCUUAACAUGGAAUACAAUCUAAAAAUGCAAGUAAUUUAUUUCAGUGUUUAUUUUCAGAAUUGGUUUAAUCAAGAUUAUACAUGAUUAAUCCCAUAUCAAAAAGCAUAUAAUAUUCAAAUGCAUUUCCAAUUUCAGACUUGAAAAUGAGGUUUAUGACGAGGAUGGGAAUUCGUUACCAGACUUGGCUUUUGACAGUGAUCAGAUUGCUAUAAGAAGUCCCCCGUCUGUUGCGGACGACGUGUACACUUUAUACUACCCACCGGAGAAAAGGUGAUUAUCGUUAUAACUAUAUUCAACCUAUUAUUUUUUAAUGUCGUUGACAUUCAUGCUAGACAUUUCAUUAUCGGGCUCGUAUUUAUGUUCUUCUGUGUUAUAUGUUUUAUGUUAGUAAAUGUACUGUACUGUCAAGAAUCACAUUUUGUUAUUUAAUCUUCUGAUGGAAAUACCUAUAGAAAAUUAUCCUUUAAAAUAACAAACUUCCCACAUUUUCAUUGCAGCAAGAUAGACUAUGGUUGGUAGCCUGGUAUUCCAACGUAGCUAAUCGGAAAGCUCUGUAGGCUAUAUAAUCAAGUUAGAAGCCUAUAUUUAGUAAGCGAACUAAAACAGAACGAAAUACUUUUAAUAUGAACUGGCCAUUUCCAAAGUCAUAAAAUUAACCAGAAUAGCAUACUCAACUAUUUCAGCUCACAUUUUGGAAAGCAGCCCAUAUGACGCGUUGGAUUUGGGAGGCUACAUACAGUAUGUUGCCACUUACGUGUGAUCAUUUAUUGUUUGGCGUUUUAUCAUCCCAGAACGGAAAGGCAUGCAGACGGAAUGUUUAAUAAAGCCUACAGGAAAGCGCUGGGUCAGUUAUCAGCAAGAAAAUAUCUCCAUUCUCUGAUGGCAAAGCGUGUAGGGUAAGGACAUCUUCUUAGUUGUCGUCUCUUAUUUUGUGAUCUUAGUUAUUUUUGGUGUUCGUUUUUCUUUUAACUCUGAUUUCCCGAAUACUCACUUUCAUUCUAUGUUUCGUCUAAUUGUCCGUGUAUCUAUGUGUGUGUUCUUCCGACUUGAAUUUGACGCCUUUAGUCACAGAGUAGGUUGACUUGAUAAAAUCUUCGACAGCGCAAAUCCGGGUGCCGCAUUGUUUAGAUCGAAUCCGUGGAUCUCAGUGCUGAUAUUGUCUCUUUAAGUAGCAAAGCCCAGGAUCCACGUGGAUGAAUACGUUUCAUUUUCAGUAUGAAUAAUUUAUGGAGGUGGGGUGGGGGUUAGUACCAAGGGUUGAAGAUAAAUAUAGGCUUAAAUUAUUCCCUACAUCCUCGACCAGCCAGCCUAACCAUGAUGAUAUCGAAAUAAAAAUCUAUUUGGGAGGAUUGAUUAAAAGUUGAAGAGAUGGGAAAAUAUUAAAAGUAAGAGCUGUGCAGUGCAGUCUAUGGGCUACAUUCCGAGGCAGGGUAGGCGUCUCCUAACAGUGAAAACUAUCCUGCUCUUCCCCUUUCUAGUGGAGGGAGCACCAUGGAAGACGACUCAGAGCCGCUUUCAAAGCGACACUCGGAUGGGAUCUUCACAGACAGCUACAGCCGCUACCGAAAGCAAAUGGCAGUCAAGAAAUACCUGGCGGCAGUUCUUGGGAAAAGGUAUAGACAGAGAUAUAGAAGCAAAGGACGCCGGCUAGCGUAUUUGUAGCGUUGCUAAACCAAACUACCAUGUGUGUACAGCCCAGAUCAAGUCAUUUCGAGAAAACUGAACAAUCAGUGGAUCGCUCUUGUGUUCUUUAAACAUGUAUUUAUGUAUGAAGUAAAGCCAUUAAAAUUAAUAUUUUGAUAAUAAUAUUGUUUUUCUUUUGUACUUAAGCACUUGAGAACGCACAGAUCUACUUUGUGGACCAAUCCUUUUGUUCAACCUAAAUAUAGCCUAUAUUUAUUUAUUUUUAGACCUACUUAGAAAAGAAGAGGAAAUGAUGUGCACAUGAUCAAUAUGCUCUUUACCCUGUCUUUUAAACAUUUAAAUCUAGAUAUGAAUGGGAGGGAAAUAAAUAGUUUAAAAGACAAUCAAUGUAUUGAAUGUUACUUUGUGGCAACUGAAAUUAAGAGCUUAGUGUCUUUAUUUACAACAGCCCUGAAGACUUAGGUUUUCACCAUAUUCUACAAGACAUAGACUUUGAUGCCCUCCCGGAUGGGGAUGAGUUUGAGGCUAUUUUGGGAGACUGGCUGAAACAGUUCUCUCCUGAAUUUCCGGUGAGUUCCAGGCUCUUUCCGAGGCCUUGUCUUGAGGGAUGUCCCCUGUUCCUCCCUCUUUUUCUCACCUAAACCUUACCCUGUGAUCUUACACUCCAGAUACUAAAUACAACCCAAUCUCCUUCUUUCCUCAUUUGUGCUCCCGUCUCUCUAGAGAUAAUGUACAACUGUAUCUAUAUUCACACCUAUACUGCAUGUUGAGCAUACACAUACAGUAUAUGUAUGAAUGUGAAUAUAGAUGCGUAGAUAUGUUUUACACUUUUAAUGUGUAUGGAUAUACUGUAAAUCUUCAAACAAUUCCCCAUAAAUAUCAUAUUGGAGGCUGUAGGAUAAUAAUGUGAUGCUAAACAGUAUCAUAAAUAAAUUAUUGAUUUAAGGCCAAAACAGACAUGACCCAACUGGCUCUAGAAUCCUUAUAUAUGGCGGUAAUUCAAAUACUAAAGUGGAAUACAUGUUAGAAUGACCGCUAUGACCUCUAUGACCCUUAUAAAAUGAGGACCAGAGUGCUUUUGAGCUUUUUCUUUUCUUCGUGUUCUUCUUCUUCAGUGUUAACGAAAAUGAGCUUACACUUUUGAACUUUGUGCAAAGUAUCUAUAUUGUGUUCCUCUGUAGUGGUAUCCACGUGUUUGAAAAGCUCUUGAAAACCUGGAAUGCUGUUAAAGGUUUUCCAUGUGUCUCUUCUCGCCACAUAAGAAGUAUCAUGAACAUAGAAUAACCUAAAUGGUCAUCGGACUCAAAAGAAAGUCCAAUAAUGAAAUUGAGACUAUUUCGACUAACAUUAUACUUUUAAUGUGGCUUCACUUAAUUUCAAUGUAUUUUUUAUUUUUCAUGAGGAACAUUUCAGAGGCAAUUUGAAGACGUGUUGCACCUUCCUGGUCUACUGUGCUUUUCCCUAUCUUGUCAUGUGAACCAAUGUAAAGCUAGAUCGCAUGAUUAAAGUAAUUGCACUAGCCACCAAAUCUGUGCAAACUACUGCAAUUGGACAGUUUUCUUUGCUCACUGAUUGACGUAUAUACAUAUCUGUGUUUUCUGGAUGUUGUUUUGUGUUUGUUCUCUCCCCAACAUUACUGCACAAAGUGUUUGAUUGAACGUCUCACCCCUGUCUUCUGUAGAGGAAAGAGCAGAUGAAUGUACUGCAGGGGAGAAGCUUUUAGAAAGAGUCUCGUCAUGUUUUCUUUUUAGUCUCUUCGCAAUGGGACUUGAGACAAGAUUCUGUUACAUUCCAAUGUAUUAUAUGCCAAAAACAAUGCUUGAAUGAUUGAUGUUUUGAAUAAUCCUUACCUAUCCUGGCAGCCCAAGCACAGCACAGUCAAACUUCUGCCUAAACAACAGUUAGACAAAGCCUUAAACGUACUUCACCGUGCCUGUACUAUUCUGAACGCCACCAAUUCCAAACUAGCUUCUCAGUUUACUUGCCUCCUUUUUCUUGAUGUAAAUGAUCACAAGAUGAGAAGCAGAGAACCUGUUCAGUGCUAGAUAGACCCAAGUAUGAGAGGGGGAGUUGGAGGAAGAGAGAGGGAUGUGAAUAGUGGUGCGAGAGAGGAGAACGGAGAGAAAGAUGGACACAGAGAAAGAGGGAGAGUCCAUGACCAAUCGAUUUGAGAGAAAAACAGGGUGAUUUUUGGCAGUGAAAGGAAGUUACCAGGCAAAGGUUUCCACACCUCAUUAGAAGAACUUGGCCUCUCAUCUCACUUGUACCCAUCAGUGACAGAUAGACAGAACAAGCCACACUUCUUCUAACUACAGGCAUGAUUGGGUCCGCUACUUCUGUAAUAGCCAUCCCAUUUACGACACCAUGAAAAAUAGUUAAUAAGAUAAUGAUAAAUGUAGCUUCUGAAUCCAUACAGUAUACUUCCAUUUCCUGGCCCCAAGACAUCAUCUUCACACUUGCAUAAAAUGCAAGGAGAUCUAACUCUAGUAAUGCACCAGGCAGAUUCUACAGACACUGUAGGUUAGGUUUGAGCUUUGUGACACUUAGCAGUAGGGCAAAGUUCUUCGAUCUGUGCCUGUGUGUAUGAAAUCAAUCUUUCUUUAAUUCUGCAUUCCCCUCCAGGCUUUGUGACGCAGAAUGCAGCUUGCGGCUGUGGUGCCUUGCUUCGACUUUAAAAUCGCCACGAAUCACAGAUGGCUAUUUAGUAGCCCUACAAUGCUGCACAUCAUCAGCUUACGUUUCACUAUUUGGUUGUUGUUUUUGUGUUGCGCAGACAUUUGAUUGGAUCUUUAGUGCCAUUAGGUGUAGUCUCCGAGCACUCUUGCUCACGAUCAUUUAUUUUGAUGAUUUCUUUUUUAGAGCACU